CCUCUCAUCCACAGCUGGGACUUCUGGCACGACAGACAGGAGCGGCUCAGUUCAUCUUCUGGCGCCGACGGUGAGAGCCAAUACGAGGAUCGACUAGAAUCCCUAGCCGAGAUCAGCGAUGUGAAAGAGUUCUGGAGCGUCUUCAACAACUUCGACAUCUCCAAACUCAAGCUUCGCGAUUCGAUCCACCUCUUCCACAAAGGCGUCAAGCCGAUCUGGGAGGACCCGCGCAAUGCCCGAGGCGGCAGCUGGACGUUCCGUAUUGCUACAGAGAAGGCGCCAGAGUUCUGGAAAGAGGUGUGUAUGAUGGCGAUUGGCGAGCAGCUCCAAGCGGCCGUCGAGGAUCCCACCCGACAGACUUUCCGCGACGACAUCUGCGGCAUCAGUCUGAGCGUCCGCACCAAAGCCAUGCUGGUUCAGGUUUGGAACCGCGAUGGUGAUCACCAGAAGGGAAUCGAGGAGGUUAGAAAUACAGUCAUGGAAGGACUUUCGGAAGAGUUGAGACCUCAAGAUGAUAGAUUGGUCUACUACAAGAAGCACAGCGAGCACAACGGAUUU